UCAAUAACUGAUAAACUAGAGCGCUCAUGGCUUAUCCAAUUCCUAUGUGUAAAGGAGAUAUUUUUGGCCCAUUGCUUAAAAUUUCAUAUGGAAAAUUUAUAAAAUUCAGUCUAAUCCAAAAGCUGGUUCUUUUUUGCUUUGGUUUCGUUUCACUCCUUUUGGCUAGUGAAUUGUUAGAAUUGCGAAGUCUGAAGAGAAAGUUUCGCUGUGGUAGUGAGGUGGUUAUGAAAAUUUUUGAUGCAGUGACACUCAUAUUUGUUCAUUAUAAAUUUAUUAUUUGGCGUAGAAGUAAAAAAGUGUGGAACUCUGAUUUGUUCAUUAUAAAUUUAUUAUCUAGCAUAGAAACAAAAAAGGCAGUGCAGUGCACGAGGCUAUUUGUGGGGUAUGGGGAGGGUCAAAUGUAUGCAGCUUUGCCGCUGCAUACGGAGAGGCUAUUUGUGUUUCGAACACUUGCCACCAAAUCAUAAUAAAGUAACCUUACCAUUGCGCCAAGGCUCGCUAUCUAUAUUUGGCAUAAAAGUGGAGUACCAAAAUUAUAGGUGGAAUGGUUGAGUUCAUGUUAGGUUCAAAAAUAGGCUUCACAACAGAAUUAUCAUCCCAAACCUAACAUGUUUAAUAAGUGGGUUAAACCUGAAUAAAAUGUUUAUUAAAUAGGUAAAGCAACUUGGCACUUGUUACAUGUGUAAUGAACAGGUCGGUUUGGCUCAUGUCCAAGAUGACACGAUAACCUAUUAAGCUGACCUCAAGACAAUUAAACCUGAUCUGACAUGGUAAACCCAAUGCUGGCUCCAUUAACUGAUUAAUUGUUUUUCUUUGUUACUACUUUGUAAUUUUACAUUUUCUUAUCAUAUUCAUCUGUAUAAUAUUUUAUAAUGAAAUUUAACAUGUGACAUCCAUAAUGUGCAUAGUUAAAUGGGUUGUUGUUGGGUCAUUUUCAGGUUCUUAUCAUCAUGUCUACAUGACCUGGUUGGCGGGUCAAGUUGCUAAAACCACACCUAUCGCAUGUAACCAAAAUGUUAAUAAGGUCAACUAUAAGCUAAACUCAGCUAUGCUUUAAACCCACUAAGUUCAUGUCAGGUUGACUCAGGUUUGAGUCAUCUUGGUGGGUCAGGUCAAAUAUUGCUAGAAUUGAUCCUGAUGCAGUACUUGAAAGGGGAAGGAGCGGUGCUGUUGAUCAUUACUAUCUUUGUUAUUCGUUGGAGCUCUUAAAUAUGAUGCCAGACCAGAUGGUAGCCUUCCCUGGAACACAGGUUUCAUUAUAUUUGCUAUGUCUGAGUGUUAAACAUUUAACUUGUAUGCCAGCUUGAUCAAAGCUUUGUUCCUUAUAAAAUGUUUCUAACUAGGAAUUCUACUAUUUUAGGGGCUUUUGGAGUGCUUAUUACUUACCUGAUUGUUUGGAUUGGGCAGUCACUUCUAGCAAUGGAAAUUAUGCAGAUUACAUAUGGUUUUGGAGUGUCGGCACGGUUGGUGUUCUCCUCUUAUAUAUUUCUUCUUGUUUCCGAAGAAGAAUAUCAAACCAUGACUAGUUUAACUACAACAACCUCGCUUUUAUCCUUUAUGUUGGCUUCUGAAUUGGGUCAGUUGCUAGCUUUUCAAGAAGCUUCUUAUGGGAUAUUCUUUGUUAUUUCUCUAAUUGCUCUAGGUAUAUGUUGUGCCGUGACAUUUCUUUUGCCCAAGGACCAUUCUCUGAGCUCCAUAUCCUCUUUGACAAGUAGUUGGGGCCAAAGCAAGCAGGGAUGGACUACUUUGUUGAAGGAAACAUGGCAUGGUCGACGUUUACAGAUUUUCUCUUUGUGGUGGGCUGUUGCAUUUGCUGGUAUUUCUUUAGUACAGAAUUAUGGAACAAACCUCUUUGAUGCUGUUGACUCAAAGUCAAAACUUAAUGGGCACAUUCUAGCAGCAUCUGAGGCAGCAGCAAGCCUUGGAUCUUAUUGUGCCAUUUAUAUUGAAAAGUUUGCAAGUAAAUCUUGCCUGUCAAUCUACAUCCUUGGUUCAGCAUUGAUGGGCAUUCUCUGUGUUUCCAUGGGAAUUUCUUCAAAGAUUUGGGUCACAUAUUGUUUGUACAUAACAAUCUGUGGGAUCUAUCAGACUCUUGCUUGCCUUGUCAGUGUUCGGUGUGGCCAACUACUAUCAAAUGGACAAUAUAUCCUCCUGUUCUCCAUCAACAGUUUUGCUGGGCUUCUGAUCGAGACAUUACUCCAGGCAGCUAUUGAAAUUUCUGGAUUAUCAAUAUUUUCGCAAUUCAUAUCCUUUGCUGGAUUCUUCUUUUUGGCAACAGCUAUUUGUGUUGGGCUUCACUUUGUUGAUAGCAGCAGAACUUCAUAUUUGGUGUUAGAAACUGAACCUGAACAUCAUAUUUCUGAUAGCACUUAAUGCAUGCUUUGUGCACUACUUGGCAGCCCCAUUAGCAGAGAUGGAAACUCAUUUGGUGUGGUUCAUUUUUUAUGAGUAGAGAAAAAAGGAUAGUGUGACUUAUAUUAUCCAGAGGAUGCAAUGGAUUCAUUUAAAUUAUGAAGCCUCUCGAUUCAGUGCAAUACAGAUACAACUCAAUUUUUCAUUCAAAGUGAUAGAUACUAUUGGAAAACAAAUCAAUGAAUUUGUUUGCUUGGACGGUGGGUGGAUAUGAAGGAACCAGAUUCAGGAUGCUGAUAACAGAUUAUAUUUGUACACGACUGGAAAUUUUCAAUCAUGUUAAGCUUUCUGAAAUAAUUAUGCAAUGAUUGCACUUUAUUUUUCAUCCACCCUUUUGAGUCA